CGAAAGAGAGAAUAAUAAAAAAAAAAAAAAAAAAAGCAAAAAGUAGUCUUCUCCAAUGAAUGGAGAGUGAGAGAGCUUUCUUACGGUGGGGGCCCCGCGGAGGGAACGCAUUUCCAUCGCGGCUCUCCGGGACCUCUCCUGUUCCCAUGACCUCUCGGAUAAGGUGCACCGUCUGCCUUCGGCGCGCCCGCAGCCGGCCUCUGUCCUUCUCGCUGCUCCGGCGCAUCUUGCGCGGGGUGGCCGCUGUCCUGCGGCGCUCCGGGACGCUUCGCCGCAUUCUGCGCCGGGUUCUGAGAAGGAGGCACCGGGGCAGCCGCCGGCCCAGGUGAUGAUGCUGGGCAGCCCUCGCGUGGCCGAGCUGCUGCUGCAGCGCGGCGCCGACCCCAACCGCCCCGACCCGCGCACCGGCUGCCGCCCCGCACACGACGCGGCCCGCGCCGGCUUCCUGGUCACGCUGGCGGCGCUGCACCGCGCCGGGGCGCGCCUCGACCUGCCCGACGGCCGCGGCCGCCUCCCCAUCGACGUGGCGGCCGGGGGCCCGCACGGCCCGGUCGGAUGCCACCUGCGGCGGCUGCGAGCACCGGCGGGGCAGGUGAGGCGUCGUCCGUCCCCCGCCGUCCCACCGAGCCCGGGCGGAGCGCGCUUCGCGAGCCUGCAAGGAAGCGCGGAAGAAGACACCGCACCGCUCUGAGCGGCCCCGCCGGUCUUUUCCUUCCCCGCAGCUUCGCAGACGCAUCAUCGGCGCUCGAGGGUGGAGAACAUCAAACAUUCCGUCGGUUGCCCGCAUCCAGCGGUCGUUCGCGUUUGGAGAAGUGAGACAGCCGCUCCGUUGCGCCCCGCGCUUUGCUCGCUGCCCCGCGGGACGCUGUGUUGAUCUCAGUCCGAUGCUCGCCGUAUUCUUAACCGGGCUGAUUGUAUUCGUUAUCACACGUCCCCGUAGAGCUUUGCAGUUCUCCUGACUCUUCAGAUGCUUUCAUAUAGCCGUUAGAAAGAGAAACGGGCAUCCCUUUUACAAAUUAAAUUCAGAUUACGUUCUCCCUUCACCUCCCCCGUUCAGCUCAGAAAAUCUUACGAAGUUCGACACUGACAGAAAUUAGGUUCUAGGAGCUACUGCAAAAACGUCACAUGCAGGACUAUUCAGGAAGAUCCGUUCCUGCAUGUAGUCAGUUGAAGCGGUUUUGUUACUGCGAAGUUUUAACAUUUGGAAAUCCUUGAUCCAAAAGCUCUGUGUAAUGAGUGUUUUUAGGACAUUGUCGGGGGACUCUAAACCAGACACUGGGAAAAAAAAACAGACAAACAAACAAGAAAAGAAUGACCUUGGUCCACUGUAAAUCUGAUUCCUUUCUCACACAUUGCCUUCAUUUUGAUGUGAUUUCCAUCAUCUUCCCGGUGUUCACACCAUUGUGUGCGCGGAGGCAUCCGAUUCAACAACGAAAUGUAAAAUUGGACUGUUACGUUCCACUUAAAGUUAAAGUGUAAAGGGAUCCGUUAUGCUCUUUUAUUAAACUGCAGUACUAUUCAGCA